AUGUAUAUAACAAGCGCAGGCUCUCCUUACCGUCGUGUAUUACUAGUAGGUAGUGAUGCAUUAAGCCGUUGGUUAGAUUGGAGGGAUAGGAAUACUUGUAUUUUAUUUGGUGAUGCAGCUGGUGCUGCUGUAUUAACAGCACAAGAUGCUGCACCUCCUCUUGCUGCACCUGCUGCACCUGGUGCUGCUGCUGGUGGCGGUGCUGCUGCUGCUGGUAGUGGUGAUGCUGCAGCUGGGGGUGAGGGGGAAGAAGAAAAGCCCUUAGGACUCCUUAGUUAUGUUAUACACAGCGAUGGACAUGAACAGAAACAAAUACAAUUAAAUUAUAGUGGCACGGAUAAUCCUUUGCCAUUAAGAGGUGCACAGAACAAACAUUUAUGUUUAAGUAAGGGUUGUUUUUCUCCAUUAACAAUGAAUGGUAGAGAAGUAUUCAAAUUUGUAUCUAAAAAAAUACCAAUUGCAUUAGAGGAUGCAUUGAGAGCAGCAAAAGUUACAUCUAAUGAUAUAGAUUGGCUUCUUAUUCAUCAAGCAAAUAAAAGAAUUAUUGAUGCCGUUGCUGAUAGACUUAAUAUACCUAAAGAAAAGGUAGAGGCAGGGAAGGUAAAGAAAGGAGAUUUAAUUGCUAUGGCUGGAUUUGGCGCUGGUCUUACAUGGGCAGCAGCAGUUCUUCGUUAUGGCUAG